GCAUCCGGUUCGUAAUUUGAUCGGGUCGGGUCGAUUCGCGUCUGUCAAACCGGGAGAGUUGCGGUGCGAUCAGGUUAUGCUUUUUUGAUCCAUCUGUUCGCCCUCGUCUCCGAUCUAGUCGUGUCAGUUAGGAUCCAAAUCAGUUGGAAUCUGGAAUUGACUGGUGGUUACGGGAAUUCGGCAUUGCGGGUUUUAUGCAGUUUUAUGGCGGAGUAGGAUGUGAUAAUGAUCAAUGGUUAUAUGGAGCUCCAAAGUUAUGUCAUUUGUUAGGGGAGUGCAAUACAAAUUGCUAUGCAUUUUUAGAUAUGGAAUUGAUUGAAUGCUAUUACAGUUUGGGGAUCAGUGAUAAUGAAAGCUGAAUAUGCUAACAAGUGAUUAAUUAUCUCCUAGAUUCCGAGAAACAUGGGAACCACACAGAUUGGAAAGACCUAGGUUCCAGGUAAAUUCAGUUGGACAGGUGGUCUUUUGUGGUAGCUCUACCCUUUCAUAAUUGAUUAUGGCUGCGCAGAACCAAUGGUUGUCGCGACGCUGGAGAUUCUGGCUAAACUGAAACUGCAAUCGGCCGAUCAUGUAUUCCCUAGAUUCUGGGAAAGAUGAGAACGAAAGUUUUGAGGAUCUAGAGUCUAGACCAAUGUGGUUAGACAGUGGAUCGAGGAGCCAACAGUUCUUAUUGCCCGCUUUGAAAAUGCAAACCUUUCACACGGUUACUGAUUGGUACAAUGCAUACGUUUCCUCCAGGGUCACUGAAUUACCGUAUCGACCUCAUAUUAUCUUUGUAGACGGCCAUUGCACGCAAUUGUGUGUAGGUCGAAUAAUGGGAGCUCCAAGUCAUCAUCAGGGUGUUCACUCUCGCCCUUCAGAUAUAUUUUCUGCUAUCUCUAAAAUGGAAAAUCGGAGGUAUUUAGCUCAAGUAAAAAGAAGGCAGGGAAGCACUAUUUUCUCUUUGGCAUGAAAACUAAGUAUUGUGAGGAGAGUCAUGAGAAGAAAUAUGUACCUCUGAAGUUUUUCCUUCUUCUGCGUGCAUAACAGAUGGCGACUAGCAUGGCAGUAGUUAUGGCAAUUGCUAAUACAACUACCAGAACUAUCCACACCUUGGACUUACUCUUCCCUGUUCAAUUGAAAAGUUAGCAUAAAAAACAUAAAAAUGCCAAAUAUGACGGGUGACUAUUGAAAGGUAUGUGCUCACAUUUGAUAGGAAAAAUAAUGAUAGAUGAAACGGAAAUCUAGUGCAAGAUCUACUUUUCUAAGAGAUGCCAAAACAAGAUAGUACCUAUUUCUGAAGCUGGCAUCCGCAAAUAUGGAACCUGCCCAGCAUCUGGAUACUGUCUCAUAGCUAUCAGAUCACCGAACCACAUUGCACAUCCACUUGCUCGUCCUCUGAUAUCUGAGUUUGCAUAUGCUGUACAUGAAC